GAGCCUAUGCUUUGACAUAUUUAUUUGUGGUUGCUAUUAUUUUUUUCUCCACAUUGUCUGUCUGUCUGUCUGUCUCUGUCUCUCCUCUCUUCCUUUUUGAUGUAGCUCCUUCCUUGGUUUCCCUUCACAGUGGCCUCUUUCUCUGCCAUGGGGCUGACCAGUUCUCAAGGAAGGCUGCACAGGAGCAUUUCCUGGGCAGAAUCUGCAGUGGUACUAGAAGAAGGAAGCCCCCCAGACGCAGAUCUCAAGGGAGUGGGAUUCCGCCCGGAAUCUCAAAGGAUGGAAGACUUUGAGGCGGUGUGUUGGGGGCAGGGCCUAGGCGAAGAGAGAUUAGGCCGAGGCCGAGGGACCUACUGCCGGUCAUCGUCGACAUCUAGUCAAGAGGAGAGAGGCCCCAAACCAGAAGACUUGACCACCAUUGGCAUUCCUAUCGAAAGGACCCGGAACUUGGAAGACAGCCGGGCCUUUGAAGCCCUCUCCUUCCAGCCCUCCCAGACCCUCAGCAAAUCCAGCUCAUCUCCAGAGCUUCAGACUCUGCAGGAAGUUCUCAAGGAUCCGGGUGGUGAAGAGCUGGCCCAGAAACUAAGCAGCGAGGUCAAAUCCAAGUCUCAAUCUGGGCACCUGGAAGGAGAGGCAGCUGGGGGCUGGCUGGGGAAGGGGGAAGACGACCAGGCCCCUGGAGGGACAAGGCUGGCUUCGGGGAUCCCUGCCUCUUCUCUCCACUCCCCAACUGGCCACCGUCCCCGAGGAUACACAAUCUCUGAUUCAGCUCCCUCCAGGCGGGGCAAAAGGAUUGAGAGAGACGCUUUUAAGGGAAGAGCAGCAGUUGCCUCCAAUGCAGAGAAAGUUCCGGGAAUCAACCCAAGCUUUGUGUUCCUGCAGUUGUACCACUCCCCUUUCUUUGGUGAUGAAUCCAACAAGCCUCUUUUAUUACCGAAUGAGGUAAGCUUAGUAUGUUGUGAUUGACUGAUUGAUUGAUUGAUU